AUGGCAUCUGCCAAAGCCAAGCACUCGCAGUCCCCCAAGAGAAAGCAAGCAUCCCCAAAAGGAAGAAAUCAGAAACAGAAGGCUGUGUCAAGUGAUAGUGAAUCAGAAACCAGUGAGAGCGAGUCUGAACCAAAAUGCACCUCAAAAAAGAAGCCUCAAGGUCCCGUAAAGUCGAAACGUGCACGGCGAAACAUGAUUGACAAGACUGUACAUGAGAGCGAGGCGAGUGAAGAAGUGAUUGAAAUCGAGCCUCUUGUUGGAGAUGCUGAAGACGAAGAGACGAAGGCUGCAUUUUUGGGCUUAACUGCUCACUGGAUCGAGAGGAAUGACACCUCUGGCAAUUGGACGCUUGUUUCGCAAGUCAUCGGUUUCAGAGGUAUAUCUGCGGCACAUGGUGGGUACAAUCUUGCAUGGUAUCUUGUGGGAUUGUAUGAGCGUGUAGGAAUUAUCAAUGGGCAGUCAAGCAAGCUUUUCUGUGUUACCGCUGACAAUACUAGCAACAAUGACACCACUUGCAAUAACAUCGAGAUCCUGCUUCACCACCGCCAUAUGUACAACUUCAAUCCCACUCAACACUGUCUUCCCUGCCUUGCCCAUGUGGUCAACCUCUCUAUCACUGAUGUUAUGUCAGUUGUCACAUGCAUUGCCAACAUUGAGACUACAACUGCAAUCUGGGAGUUUGAUCCAUCACUUCCUAAUAACCGUGUUCUUGGAGACUUGCUUGAUGUUGUGGUGGCGGUGUGUACACUUGUCAUUAAGAUUCAGUCCUCAGCGCAACACAUUGAAUAUUUUGAAACCUUGCAAGUCAAGUGCAGUAUCCUGACACCACUCAAAAUCCCCCUCCACAGUAAUGCUAUCAAUCUCUUUAUCUCCUCUGCCGAUGAGCUUUUUGGGCCAAUCACAUCCAUCCGAUGCCAUGGGAAGGUCAUCAAGCACAUCCCAUGGACUGCAUUUACACUUAGGACAUCGGACUGGGGGCAAACUUUUAGGAUGCUAAUGAUAUACAACAAUACUUCUCCUCUGAAUGACAACCAACAUUAUGGCUUUGCGCUGUACAAGGAAGCCAUCCAGAAGGGUCUUGCAAAGAUCGGAAAGUACUAUAGCAAACUUGAUGAUAAGCCUGUCUAUGUUCUUGCCCUCAUACUACACCCAUACUACAAACUUGCAUACAUUGCAAUGGCUUGGGGCAGUCCUGAAGAACAAGCCAAGGAACAAGCUGCGGGAAAUUUGAACACUAAGAAUUGGUAUGAUGAAGCUCUCAAGGUAGUCAAAACAAUGAUGGAGGAGUAUUGGGCUGCCCAUAAACCACUCACCAAUACUGUCAACUGUGACUCAACAGUCGAGAUUGUUGAAACCAUUGAGUCUGAAUAUGAUCGUCAUUGCCACAUGUUAGUUCAGCAGACAAUUGAAGAGCAGAAUUCUGGAUGGGUGGCCGAGCUUUGCCAUUACCUCAAGGACAUGCCAGAGAAUAAUGAAUACUUUGAAGGGUACAGACCAGACCAAGAACCAGGACCAUCUGAACCUCCUGAACCUCCCCGUACACCAACCCCUCCACCACAUGCACCUACUCCUCCUCCAUCAGUCAGAAAGAUGGGAGAAAUCAGUUUGAACAAACCGGCUAUCUUUGACAGAUCACCAAAACUGGCAAAAUCAUGGUGGACUUCUGUCACCACUUACAUUGCCAUCAACGAUGCCAUCUAUGACACAGAUGCAAAAUGCAUUGCAUUUGCUACAUUGUUCAUGCAGAAAGGACAUGCACUCUAA